AAUUCAACCCUGUUUAAUUUAUGUUAUUGAAAUUGUCAAGCGUGCUGCACAAGCAGUUCAUCAGACCACUUGUUAUUUUCAAAUGAUUUUAAGUUGCAUAUAUAGAUCUGGGUAGUCCAACUAGCUAGCUAGCUCCAACACAUUGAUCUGUGAGACAUGGCAGAUCAGGUGAAGCUAUAUGGAGACUGGAGUAGUCCAUUUAGUAGCAGGGUUAUAUGGGCCCUGAAGCUGAAAGGCAUACCAUUUGAUUACAUAGAAGAAGAUCUUUACAAGAAAAGUGCUGAACUUCUCAAGUACAACCCAGUUCACAAGAAGAUCCCAGUUCUUGUUCAUGGAGAAAAGCCGAUAUGCGAGUCCAUGGUCAUCAUCGAAUAUAUAGAAGAAACAUGGCCACAGAACCCCUUGCUGCCCUCUGACGCUCAUGAAAGAGCCAUGGCCAGGUUCUGGGCUAAAUUUGCUGAUGAUAAGGGUCCUGAAAUAUGGAAGGCCUUCGUAUCGUCAGGCGAAGAGCGAGAAAAGGCCAAGAAAGAGACAUGGGAGAUGCUGAGAACCAUUGAAGAGCAUGCAGGUCUGGAAAACAAGAAGUUUUUUGGAGGAGACAACAUUGGUAUUGCAGACAUAGCCUUCGGAUGGUUUGCUCGUUGGUUUGGAGUGAUUGAAGAGGUGGCUGGGGUGAAGCUCUUUGAAGCCGAUGCUUUUCCUCGCUUGCAUGCAUGGAUUAACAACUUCAAGGAAGUGCCUGUAAUCAAAGAAAACCUUCCGGAUCGUGAUAACUUGGUUGCCCGCUUCAGUAAGUUGUCUUCUUCAAGAACCAAGGCAAACUAGGUUGGAAUCUCUCCAUGCAUGUGCUUGUUUCCGCAGAGUUCCAACUAUUUGGCAUAUUUGCUCCAAUUUAAUUUUUGUUCUGCUUUACCUUUCGGUACCUCUUAUCGUUCAAUUCUGCUCAUAUGUCAAUAAUGAAAUCUUAUUGAAUAAAAUGAAAAAUUUCAUUGAUAGAGUGAGGCCAUAAUGGCAUCAUAAAAGAGUCCCAAUGGGACUCUAGCAAUAAAGUUCAAAUCUGCAUACUCUGUCAUGAGUCUGUGAAUAAGACGGUGUCGUUUUACAUUGUGCUAUUGUAAUCACGUGACUGCAGUCCAGCUGCUUAGGACUAGCUAUCAAUGUCUUAGAUGUAUGCCAUGUGGUGUAAUCCCACACGUCAAUAUGGGUAUUUAUGUAUCUAAGGAACCCUAGUCGUGUAUGACAUGAAUGAAAGCUUUAAUUUCUCU